AACUUCAAACCACUCCGAGCACGUAGUGUGUCGUGUGUAAGAUAUAUUAUAAUUUAAUAAUUAAAAAAUUUCCAUUAUAUAACAGCACAAUAGGAUGUACAUUUCUAAGAUGUUAUAACUAUACAAUUUUUCGUUAUACUGCAAGAAAUUUAAUAGUAAUAACCUAGAGAUUUUAUGUCACUACGCCAACUAUGUAUGGUACAUAUUGAUGUGGCCUAUAUUGCAAAUAUGACGUUGUUUAGUGUCUUAUACUGCGUGGGUACAUUUUGACAAUUCAUAGUUAAAACUCGAAUGUUGACAUAUUUGUAUGAGUUAUGGUGCUUUCCACGUUGUAUUUCUUUACAUAGUUGUGAAAUUAUACAUAUAAGAUUUCUUAAAACUUUUUUAUACCAAUAAACAUCAAGUCAUUCACGAAAGUAAAGAAAUAUAUUCUGCAAGCAAGGCCUAAACGAACGGGUUAGCUAUGACGAGCCUACGUGACAGGCAAAUAAAUGCCUUGAAACAAAUGUUAAAUUUAAAUCAACCUGAACAAAAAUUGGAAGAAGCUGUACCAACAUGGAAAGUUCUAAUUUAUGAUCGACUUGGGCAGGAUAUUAUCUCACCAUUGAUAUCCGUGAGAGAACUAAGAGAGCUUGGCAUCACGCUCCAUAUGCAGUUGCACUCUGAUAGAGAUUCUAUUCCUGAAGUGCCAGCAAUUUACUUUUGUGCUCCAACAGAUGAAAAUCUUGGGAGGAUUGGCCAAGAUUUACAGAAUGGUUUAUAUGACAUAUAUCACUUAAAUUUUAUAUCGCCCAUAUCUCGACAAAAAAUGGAAGAUUUAGCAGCAGCUGCAUUACUCGGUGGUGUGGUAUCAAAUAUCCACAAAGUAUUCGAUCAGUAUUUAAAUUUCAUAUCAUUGGAAGAUGACCUUUUCAUUCUUAGGCAUCAAAACAGUGAUGUGAUAUCAUAUCAUGCAAUUAAUCGAGGAGAAGUGAAAGAUACUGAAAUGGAAUCAGUUAUGGAAAUUAUAGUUGAUUGCUUAUUCUCUGUCUUUGUCACGUUGGGAACUGUUCCAAUUAUAAGAUGUCCAAGAGGGAAUGCUGCAGAAAUGGUGGCUAAAAUGAUAGACAAGAAAUUAAGGGAAAAUGUCUGGGACACAAGGAAUAAUCUGUUUGAAAGUGAAACAACUGGUCAUUAUAGUUUCCAAAGGCCACUUCUUAUAAUAUUAGACCGCAAUAUAGAUAUGGCUACACCAUUGCAUCAUACAUGGACAUAUCAAGCAUUGGCACAUGAUGUAUUAGAGAUGGCAUUAAACAGACUUGUAGUUGAGGAGAAUGUAGGACGGUCUCCUGCAGGUGGUACGCGUUCAAAGACUAGAGCUUAUGAACUGGACAAUAAAGAUAGAUUUUGGUGCCAACAUAAAGGUAGUCCAUUUCCUAGAGUAGCUGAAGCUAUACAGGAAGAAUUGGAACAGUAUCGUACUUUCGAAGAAGAUGUAAAAAAAUUGAAAUCUUCUAUGGGUAUUGAUAGUGAGAGUGAGGUAGCAAUGUCAAUGGUUUCCAAUAAUACAGCACGUUUGACGAGCGCUGUGAAUUCUCUACCACAACUUUUAGAAAUGAAGAGAUUGAUAGACAUGCACACAUCAAUUGCAACAGGUAUUUUAAAUUUUAUUAAAUCUCGAAGACUGGAUACAUUCUUUGAACUAGAAGAGAAAAUCAUGAGCAAACAAACAUUAGAUAGAAGUGUAUAUGAAACAAUAAGUGAUCCAGAUGGUGGUACACCUGAGGACAAGUUACGUCUUGCUAUUAUAUAUUACAUUUGUACAAAUGUGUCUGAUGCUGACUAUAGCAAGCUUGAGGCAGCAUUAUCUGCUGCUGGGUGUGAUCUGAAUCCACUACUUUAUAUAAAAAGAUUAAGAAGUUACACUAGAAUAGCUGAGAUCCAAAAUAACUAUGAAGGUGGUGGAACCAAAACUGUUAGUAUGUUUUCAAAACUCAUGAACCAGGGAUCAUCUUUUGUAAUGGAGGGGGUAAAGAAUUUAGUUGUUAAAAAACAUAAUUUACCUGUUACGAAAAUAGUUGACGAACUGAUGGAAUCUAGACAGUCCUCUCAGACAGACGAUUACUGUUAUCUAGAUCCAAAACAGUUGAAACAUACAGAACAAAUGCCAAAGAAUCGACCAACAUUCCAGGAUGUAAUUGUGUUUAUUGUGGGUGGUGGUAAUUAUAUAGAAUAUCAAAAUUUAGUGGAUUAUGUGAAACAGAAAAGUGGAGCAGGAGUAAAUAAACGGAUCACAUAUGGUUCAACAACAUUUAUUAAUGCAAAACAGUUGCUUAAACAGCUUUCACUUCUGGGACAAGAAGUGCAUUCAUAAUUCUUGCAAAUUAUCCAAUUGACUUUGGACGAAUUUGUAUAUUUAUCUCCUUUCUUAUGGCGUAUGCUAAAUUUUCCUAUUAUUGUUAUAGCCUUCUUGUAAAAAUGUAAAAUAA